AUGUUACUAUAUAGAUAUUAUAAUGUUCCACAUUAUACAGAUAUUAACGAAUGCUUGCAAGGACAAGCAUGUGAUCAAAAUGCGGAUUGCGACAACACACCUGGAUCAUUUGAUUGUUCUUGCCGUAGUGGCUAUAGAGGAGACGGCUUAAAUUGUGCUGGUAGGUAUUCAGUGUUGAUUUAUUUUUAAGUCAUUUGAAUUUCUUUUCCGAAUCACCAUCAUAGGAAAUCGUUUUGAAAAAUGAUUUAAGAAAAACUGUCUUGUAUCUCAAUCUGUUCCAUUUGUACCAAGAGGUAAGAGCCUAUGACAUGUUCAAAGUAUUUCCGCUGGAUUGUGUCAAAUCUACCAGUUCUUUAGUUGGUUUGUAAAAUUGUCGUUUUUUCUUUAUUUGUAGCCUUUUGUCAUGUUCAGCGUGAUAUACAUUUUAAACCAUUUUAUUUUGUGUUGUGCCCUUUUAUUGCCAAAAUAUUUUUCUCAUGAAAUGGAACUAGCCAACAUAUUUCCAGUGCAUUCACACCUUUUACCAAUAGAUUUAAUCGCCUUGAUUACAAGCCUGCAUUAAUUUCACCUAAUAUUUACUGACCAUAAGCUUGUAAUCACCUCGUGGCUAAUUGUUAAAUAGACUUCUGGUGCUUGAAUUAAAAAUCACGUAAGUGGAGUUGUGGUCCGUUCUCCCCAUUGAAUUGUUCUCUCCUUUGCUACGAGGGUUUUCCAUGCGUAUUUCAGAUUUUCCUUCCCUCGCCUUUAUACGAUCAUUGUGACCAACUCCGUUUUCCAGGAAUCUCCUUCACGCUCGUGGCAGAGGGGAGACCCUGGGAACAAUGUUGAAUUGUAAGUGACAGGGAUGGACCAUUCGAGAUCUGGUAGGCGUAGUGGUGCUGAUCAACAUUUUGGCUAUGGCAAUAAAGCAUAAUCUGUAGUCUUCCAUGACGAUAUGGCACUUUUUACUAUCUAGCUCAUUUUCUUUCUGUUUUUAUUAUAAUAAAAAUGAAUUUGUUGAGGAAAUUGAUAUUCUCUUGCAGCCCCGUUUCUCAAUGAUAGACAAACCCUUAAAAACAGCAUUCUAAUAUUAUUUCCACCAAGUGAAGUGCAAGCAAUCAGAUCAUUGAAGUCCACCUUAUCAACACUCGCACACCCAAUUACCUAUAUAUACAUGAACUUACGGUUACAGCUCAACAGCUGGCCUCUGUAGCUCAGUUGGUUAGAGCGCUGCACCGGAAUCGCGGGGCCGUAGGUUCAAUUCCUACCAGAGGACCUUAUGCUGCAUUUUUCGCAGCCGUUCCUGGUCAGGUCUUAAAGUGCAUAUAUACUCACUUGGAUUACAAACCCUUAAAAACAGCAUUCUAAUAUUAAUUCCACCAAGUGAAGUGCAAGCAAUCAGAUCAUUGAAGUGCACCUCCUGUACCACAUAUAGUUAAUCCAUCCUUGCAUAGUGAUGAAAUGUAAUCAUAACGAUCGGAUAUAUUCUCUUUUUUAAUCUUCAGAUAUUGAUGAAUGUCAAAACACAUCAUGUCAUUCCGAUAGUUUUUGCACAAACACUCCUGGGUCUUUUCAGUGCACAUGUAAUCAAGGAUAUUCUGGGAAGGAUGGCUUUGAUUGUCUUAGUAUGUAUAUUCUAAAUAUCAAAGCUUUUUAUGUCUGUUGUUACAAAUGAUUCGCUGGAGGUAAACAAUAAAUAUCACUUCACUAAACUCUACGUAUUAUAUUAUUCAUUACGGUCUACGUCUAAUAUAUUAUUUAUAAUGUGUUAUAAGUUAUUUUGACGAAACUGCUAUUCAAAACUAAAUUAAGUUUUAUGUUAUCUUUUUAAGAUAUUGAUGAAUGUUCUGCUGGAACCCUUGACUGUAGUAAGUUUUCUACAUGUACAGAUACUCCUGGAUCUUAUGAAUGUACCUGCAAUCCUGGCUUCAGUGGAGAUGGAAAGACCUGCAUAGGUAAUGUGUUUGACAAUGUUAACAUGGCUCUACUAAACUCAUAACGAAAACAAACCGAGGCUCCAUUUAUUUUAAGGGGACUCUAUCAUUAAAUUACUGGAUUUGUUUUUAGAUACGAGCAAUUGUACGUUAAUUAACUUCUGCCACGUGGACGCGACGUGUAGGAAUACUGAGGGAUUAUUUCAAUGUACUUGUAAUCCAGGACAUACUGGUAAUGGAUCAGCUUGUUUUGGUGAGUAAUAAAAAAUUAGUAUACGAUAUCCAAGAAAACGUUUAUCAUUUAUAACUUACUUUCAGGUUUCUUAAAAAUCAGUAUAAUAUUUAUAAUGAAAGACUUAAUGUAUGUAUUUCAAGCGAAAUUCUGGGCGAAAGUUUACCUAAUGUUUGGACGUUUAGUUACUGCAUGUGGCAUUACAACUUCGAACACGUGGUAAUGAUUUGUGGGUUUUUCUAAUAGUGAAUUAUUAAGAAGUUUUUAUGUGAUUUGCACAUUAACUGUAAAACUACAAACACUAUAAACAGAUUGGUGGUUGUCUUUUUUAGAUAUAAAUGAAUGUUUGGCAAAUCCAUGUUCGCCUAAUGGCGAAUGUACUAACAACAAAGGUUCUUUCGUAUGUAAAUGUAAAACAGGAUUCUUUGGAAAUGGUUCCGUUUGUAGUGGUAGGUGUUUCAUGAAUAUUCGAAUCCACAGGAUGCAUAUAGCCGUGCAUACUGAUUUAUUGCUGCCGUAGCGAGCGAGCGUGAAGCGAGCGAGCGAGGCAGCAGUCCUAAUCUUUAUGUAUAUGUAUAUAUAUAUAUAUAUAUAUAUAAGGCAGAUGAAAUCUCGAUCGUUUCGGCGUAUUUCGGCCUACCACAAUGCACUGCUUCCGGGCCGGCAGGCUAUUCUUGCCUAAUAAACAGGCAUAAAACAAACAAGCAAUGUGAUCAUCUUUCAUCUUUGGUUUUAUUUUAUGGAAAGCCAUAGCUGGCGUACGUGAUCAAACGGCAUUGUGUCGAUACGCAGUGGUUCGAGCGUUAUACGCGGUGGUUUCGCUAUUAUACGCAGUGGUUCGAGUAUUAUACGUGGUGCGUUCGCCAUUAUACGCGGUGCGUUCGCCAUUAUACGCAGUGAUUCGAGCAUUAUUCGCGGUGCUUUCGUAAUCGUCAUAUUUAUACGGGGUGCUUUUAACAUAAUUUCCAUAUUCUUUCCAUGUAUAUAAUCUCACGAUUGCUUAAUAAAUCUGGUAUAUAGGCCUAUGUGGCUGUGCUUUUUGCCUCUGGUCUGCAAUGACAAUGACAUUUAAUUAAAAAGGUUCAUUUAUAAAAAGGUGACUGCACUUUGUGAGUUCUUAUAUAUUAUCAUAUAGUGUUGAUUUAUUAGUAAUAAAUCUGUGUAUAUAACAUAGGUAUAUAAAUUAAUAUAACGCAGCAAAUGCGCGCCAAGCAGUAUAAACGCGGCUGAAAUACGAUAUUAAAAUCUUGAAUGUGCCGUAUGAUUUAAUUAUGUUUUAGGAUUUAAAGCCUUUAAAAAUGCUUUGUCAUUUGUAUUUGUACUUGUACUGCAUCACAACGCAGUGCGUAAGUGAACAGAUUCCACAUGUGAGGUUGUCUUGUAUAUAUUUUUGCCUUCUUUGAUAAACAUUAUUAAACACGCAAAUUUAGUGGGACGCACACUCGCACAUGUUAAAUGUCACCUGCAUGUCAUUGUCAUUGCCCUUUAACCCCUGGUCUAAAUCAUAUGAUUAUUGAAGCGGGGCCGUUUUGACUUUGGGCCGUUUUGACCUAGCACCGUAUUUGUGGGCAAAUUGUCUAUACAAUUUUAUAUAUUAGAUAUCACAGCCAUACCUCAUGCCAUUUUGAUCUUUUCCUCGCGUUAGAUAAGUUGAUAAGUACACUCAUUCUUGUUAGCCAUCGUACCUGUUCGGCUGUUCCUCUUUCGAUACAAAACUUCGAGCGCCGAGUUAUCAUACGGCACAUUCAAGUGUAUAAAUUAUGGAUGAUUCCAAUUCAUUACGAAUAUUUCUUACUCUUAUUCUUUAAAAUAUUAAGAGGCAACUUUUUUUCAAUAUCACGUAUUUGCAAUGAAAAGUGUUCAAAACCUAAAAUCUUUUUGGCGUUCCUCUCAAAAUUACUUUUUUUUAGCUUUAUUCUCUACAGUUUAUAGAGUUAGCUACUUUUUUAAAUGCGUCUUCCGGUUGAGAAACAUAAAAUAAUCAAGUUAAAAAUUGCCAAUUAAAAUACAAUUGUCAAUGAUGCCUUAAAAUUGACGCUUAUAUAUUUACUGUAAAUACAGUGCGUCUACAGUAAGUGGGGCCACUUAGAGAACACUAACCAAUCACAUUGCAGAACAGAAAUUGAAAAAAUGAACAAACGGCGCAUUAGCCAAUCAGCAUUAGGCCAAAAACAAUUUGAACAAAUAAACGAAUGUCAAACGGUAAAAAUAGACUUGUAAAAGUAAACACUGCAGUUAAUGGCUUCCUGAAUCUUUCUUUUGAUUGGACGAGCUUUAGUUUGAUUAGAUUUUUCUUUUUGUUCUGCAAUGCGAUUGGUUACUGUUCUCUAAGUGGCCCCACUUACAGUAGACGCACUGUAAGCAAAACGUACUGAACUUCAGACAUCAUUUUCUCUUUGGCGUAUCAUCUAAUAUCUCUUCAUUUUAGCAUUAUUUUACAGAUAAAGCACUAAACAUACUUUUUAAGGUUCUUUUUACCGAUUGAGAAACGUAUCGAAAAAUAAAAAUUUUCAUUUUAGUCAUAAUCUCAUGUGGUAUAUUAUACGCAUUAGUUUUGAGCGCGUGUUACGUAACAUACAAAAAAUCUCAUUUAAAGAUUUGGGAACAAUGCUAUACCAAGGCAGCAUUCACUACCCUGUGUAUGUACCGCGCUAAAAUGGAUAAAUGCACAUGUGUGGCGAAUUUACAAUGAUUGCAAUUCUGAAUGCUGAAUCACUACGCGAAAAUAAACAAAUUGCGCCAGAAAUUUGCAAUUACUCUUUUCAGUAAAAGCUAGUAAAGUUACGUUUUGCGCUGCACGUGUUUGGACCGAUUUUAGUGCUGAGAUAGCUCUCCCGUUCAAAACGUAAGAUGUUUAUAAUUAAUUUUUUUUAUGGAAGCGCGUUUAAUUAAGGUUGCUUGUUAGGUUUUAGAGGUUGCUCAUUAAUUACAGAACAUUACUGACUAUACACAAUCUAUUUGGGAAAAAAUCUGUACAUUUCGAAUCAAUUUCGAUUCAAAUUCAGCAGUAUAUUUACAAGAUUAAUUUAUUUCGGAAUAACAUCAAUUAUGGGGAUGUCGCGAGACUUAAGCAUAAACACUCGAACCGCAUACGCUUUCCGAAAGUUGAGCAACAUCCCAAGUUCAUGGAUCACGCUAUCCUGCUUGGAAACCAUUUAGGUAAAUGUUUUAUAAAAUAACUACAGUGAAACAAUGGCAUUUAUAUUUGGAAAAUUCCGCGAAAAUCCUGCGAAGGCAUUUUAAUUCCUCGUGCUGCAGGAUAGCCUGAUCUUGCACGGCUAUUGACCAAUCAAUUUGCGUGUUUCACUGUAGUUAUUAUAUAAAUUGUAUAUUCUUUAAUACUAUCUCUAAUGACCACAACUAUUACUGGAGCUGAAAUACAAAUUGUCCCCGAGUCAAUUACGACGCGAAGCGCCGUUCCAGGCGUUAGCCCGGGCAAGGAUAUUAAUCAAUUCCGCUCGGAAGUUACACCCGCGGGGGAAGAAAACCAUUAUUACUGAAGUCUAAAAUUCAUCAAUAAUCGCGGGCGCGUGACUAUGAUGAAUGAAUGGACCUCCCACUGAUCCCAAAAUUUGACUGUUUUCGCAGGAGUGGGAUAAGCAAGAUUUCAAUUUUCAAAAACAUAUAUUUUGGAAAAUCGUUUCACGCAAAGAGCUUUGAAUUGAUUUCUGAUUUACUGUAAUAAUGGUAUAGCAUGGGAAAUUGUGUUUGCUUUGAAUGUUUAAUGUUUAUAUGCAUUUCCCUGCUUUAAUUUGCCUAAAACAUGCAUUGCUUCCCUUUUCCAUGAUCGAAGCUGUAAGUUUCCUAAAUUACCCUGUUCAAAUAAUUAAUUUAAGAAAAAACAUAAAAUGUAAAAGAGAGCUAAUUAAUUUGAAGAUCGAAAGAAUAAAGUAAAAGCAGUUUCUCGGCAAAAGCAGUUUUAGCUGAAUGAACAAUUCAAAACAUUUUACGAAGCCGCAAUUCAGGUUAAGUUUCAAUCAAAUCUGGCAAAAUGCAAAAUAACAUAAUAUCAUUCAUUGUUGUGCAGUUAAAAAUGGUAAAUCUUUCAAUUAUUUUUUCUGUUUUGUACAAAAUAUAUGUUAGAAAAUAUAAAUUAAACAAUUUAAAAUCAUUGUGUUGCCUUGACGUAUAAUUCGAGCCUGCGUUUAGUCUUGGCCAAUUGCUAAUACUUCAUGUUAAAUCAAUGUUUGGAAAAUAUAGGGGAGAGGUAGCUAAUUUUAAAAUCUCAGUGUCGUGAAUAGUGUAAGGAAAUUCGCCUCAACGCUUCGCGUUUCGGUUAACAUCCUUGCACUCUUCACCUCCACUUCGGUGAAUAAUUGUUAAUUAGUUUUGCAUGUUUUUUUUUGGCUGAAACUAUAUCAGCCGGUAAAUGACUCACUAAUUAACUCUUCGUCUACCCACGCAUAUUUAAACACAAUAUAUAGUAAUAAUAAACGUAAAAAAUGGAAGUAUAUGCUCAUGUAGUUAUUUACUAGCUAAUGAUUCUCUCUUAUUUGAUCAUUUCUCUUGUCAGAUAUCAACGAGUGCAAUAGCAACCCAUGCCAUGCCAAUGCACAAUGUUCAAAUACUAAUGGUUCGUUCCGAUGCCAAUGUCAGCCAGGUUAUGAGGGCUCAGGAUUUUUGUGUACUGGUAAGUCUUUAUUUAGUUCUGGUACUCUUGCAUCAUUUUGAAUGGCUUUAGAUAAUUGGUGCGGAAGUCACAUUUUUUUGAGCAAUUGAAGCAACCCUUUUGUUCGGUGUCCGUGUUCUUAAUAAUAUGUUUGUCUUUCGAUGUACAGGGUGUAUAAAAAAAACGCAACCUCGGAAUUUCCCAAGAAAUCGACAUUGUUUUAAAGACAAAAGAUUUUAGGCGCCUAGGAAUUUAAAAUAGCACAACUGUCAAAAUUACUGCACACAUGAGUGCAUAAAGCAAAAUUUAUGCAUUUAUUUAAUGCACAACAACAGUAAUAUAUGAUCUAUUAGCAAUUCGAUUUCAAUUCCCAGGGGCCUAAAAUCUUUUAUGCUUAAGAAUUGCAAAGUGAUUUCUUAUAAUUAGGAAUUUCGGAGGUUGCGUUUUUUUUUGUACACCGGCUGUAUUAAGAAUUUCUUUGAUGUUCUUGGUCUUCUGUGAGAUGGUAUAAUGGUCCUCGUGGGAAUACUUUGUUGAGCUCUGCUGAAUUGUGAAUUAAAUGAUGUGUUCUUGGAUGAUAUACAGUAUAACUGUUAUUAGGAAGAUGGGUGUUGUGAUCCGUAACUGAAGUGGGGAAAUUUUCUUCUUAUCUUUAGUUGCAGAUGAAAGGAGUUCAUUUUGGUUAAUAUUAGAAACUUGCUCGAAUUGUUUUUUUGACCUUGUUCCUAUUAUAUCCUCUACUUAGGUAUUGUUGCUAUUCCUCGCUUCGCUUUUGAUAAUCCGCAUCUGUAUACAGAUGAUUGUCC